AUGGGUAUGCGCGCAUCUGCUGUGUUACUCUGGUCCUGUUACUCCAUCGUCGCAUUUGCCUGUGUCAUCCCUCCCAGCAGCCGUUUCAACAAUAACAAUUCAGAUAGUUCCCAAUCUAUAGAAACGUGGAGAGAUGAUAUUACAAUUGAGGUGAAGUUUGCAUCUGUAUGUGACGGGUGUUUUUUUGAUGACCAUGACUUGAGCUACAUCUUUCACUUAACCAUCUCCAGCACGCAAUCCGUGUGCGGGGAGAGUGAUGUCGUCCUCAACAAUAAGAAGCUGGAGCUCGCAUGGGAUGGCAUCGAUGGAAUCGGAUCCGGCAUCUUCCCCGCCGACAUGACCAAUGGCUCUCAGAAUCACCAACUAUCACUCAAUUAUCAAGCUCUUUGCAUUUCUAGCCCCCAAGAUUCCAUAGAGGAAUACACCGCACAAAUACUUGCUGUGACAUUCUAUCCAACAAACUAUACCAACCCCAACGAACGGACUUCGGGCUUUGCGGUUUCGUUCAAUUCGGCCGGAAAGCCGCAAAUAUUCCGCCUGGUGGUUUCCCCCAUCGAAAUUUCGGACGGGGAUACAUUUGAUUCCUGGCUGAUUCCCUCUGACCCAUUCAAUGUCCCGAUAUCUACCUGUAACGCUGUGACUAUCUUUGAUGGUGAUUUGGAAAAGGAUCUCAAAAACAUCCAUAUGCUCAAAGCCCAAGUCCGGAAGCUGCAAAUGGAGAUCAAAGCCAAGGAGCAGGAGAUCAGAAAGCAUUUAUUCCGAGAUUGUUCCCUCAUGACUUCGAGACUCAAACAAUGCACAAGUCUAUCCUGUUUUAUAAAGACAUCUUUCAAGAUCGUCCCGGAUGUCUUCCGCCUCGUUCGAUAUCAAUUCGGUCCCCUCCCAUCCUCGAUAUCUGACAGCCUAUGCCGUCCAUUCCCCAAUUCCGCUCACAGAAGCCGUACCAAUCAAACCUCGAAACAAAACGCGACCACCUUUCAGCUGAAACCCAACGACCUCUCUUCAAAGGAAGCAGACCGACCUGACGACAACCACCUCUCACCCGUCUUUCCAACCCACGAAGGCGCAGAGCCUAAACUGAAGCAUACCCCGAUCUUCAACCACACCUCGACCACUCUUACCCCAGCAAAACUCUUCAUAAAAGACCUAGCUAUCCUUCUCCUCGUCUCCUCCAUAAUCUUCCUUUUAACAAAACACUGCCGCAACUCCCUCUUCUGCCGACGGCGGCGCGUCGACCUAGCCGCACGCCGUGAAGAACGCCGCACUCUCACCGCCUAUCGCAUAGCCGCACGCCGGCACCGAUGGCGCCAGUGGUGGAAUACCCGCUUUGGGUUGUAUCCCUCCUUAUCAUCUGCAUCUUCUCGUUCCUCGCGUGACGUCGAGCAUUCGCGCCAGCAACAAAGACUCACAGGUCCUGCUCACGAAGAGGAUGAAGGGGAAAAUUCAAUUCGUCACAAUACUACCACGGCAUCAAACGUGGGCGGAGGUGCUAUCCAGGCUGAAAUCCUCGGAUUCCGCCGUGUGCUUGAGUUCGUCGGUGAGCUCGUCCGGCCAGAUGGCAAUAACGAUUCCAACGCCAGCACCUCUCUCCGGCAGCAGGUGAUAGGGACGGAGAAUCAACGGGAUAUCUCCUUUGUUACACGGGAUUCGACGACAGCUCCGUCAUCGGUUGCGCCGUUGGCGACCAUCGGUUCACCGCGGACGAGUAGUGUGCUAAGUUAUGAGACAGGUUCCUCGGUUACGUUGGAUAGUUUGGAUCCUGAAACGGCAACCUGGUAA